AAAAGAACUUGGCCAAUAUCCAGCCAUCUUGACCUCAAACUUGGUCAAUAACCCAUAUAUAUCGUCCCUCAGGUGGCGUUGUCGUCGCUCCACGGAAUGGAUUCACAAAGUGUUAAGGACGCGAUGGCCAAAUUUGACAAAUACCUCUCCUCUCCAGACAGUCUCAUCAUGCCUCAGUGUAAUCUCCUGAGAACGACGCGGUUACGGGACACAGUUCACAAGCGAGCAGUGGAUGUUGUAUGCGCCACGUACAAGACUUUAUACGACGCCAUAGUGAAUGAGCGUAAUAAAUACCCGGAUGUUAAGACUUUAGUUCCCCGAACCCCGGAUCAAGUGACGUCGCUAUUGACGUAGCAAUUGAAAAACUGCUACAAUUUUUAUCACAGUGUAAAUAAUGAAUGGGUUUUCACUUUGUCGAGAAGAUCUAAAUUGUCCUGUAAGGAAGUCCUUCAAUUAGAUUGAGGUAGCAUUGUAACUGCGAUAAUAGCCUCGUUCAACCCAGACAACGAAUUCACUUACUCACGCAUACACAAUGUCCACUUCCGAAACCUUUUGCAACAAACGACCGCUUGGUAUGUAAUCUUCCAUGUUGGAUGCGGGCAAGCUACGCACAAGGACAUCCAAAUCCAAAAACGAAACAACAACAAAAAAAAAACAGGCCAGCUUGAUAGCUGCCGGCUUCUUUUGGAGGCUCUUUGGAGCCUGCCUGCCAUCCAUUACGGCCGAUCAGUUUGUACCAUGUCACAGUUUGUUCCAAAAGGCCUAUAAGCCAUUUAAAAUGGAAGACCGUCUGUGCUGUGGCUUGUACCAGGCUCCGGUACAAACGCGUAAAUAAUGGUCAUCUCCACAUACGCCGCUCAAUGGAGAUGAGACCAAGUUUGCAUCACUACAAGAUAGGAAAUCAGAAAUCAAGGCACCUUUUAGAAAGACUAGAUAGCGGAAAGAUUGAUGAGCCCGAGCCACGUCCAUUGUUAGCUCAUUUAUGAACUCACGAACACCCAACUUUCGGAAUGAAUUAAUGUGCUGUGAAUGAACAGAAAAAAAGAGAAAUUAAAAGCGUGGGGAAAUUUUGUUUGGCCCAGUAAAGGUAGUUAUGAUAGACGGCCCACGCUUUUGUUUCCUCAGGAGGCUCAAUAUUUGACAAAUUUUCAUCCAAAUAAUCGAAAUUUCCGGAUUUUUGUACUACAAUCACGAAAGAGUUGUCGCGUCAGCAUAACGCCGACAUAAUAUGUCUUGCUGCUUAGCAACAAUCCUGCCAAACAAUCGCGGGCUCAGUUGACUCCUUACGGUCCGGAUGUUUUUUUCUUUUUUAAAUAGACGCCAGGCAACUCUAACUUCAUUUCGAAGCUUAGGGGAGUAAAGCAAAACUUUAAAAAAAGUGAAAAAUAAAACUAGACAAAACAAAACAAACGAACAGGAAAUAAAUAAUUACUAUACAGCCUUAAUUCUGAUAUUAGGGGUCAGCUGCUAUAUACUCUAAACUUUGUUUCAUCCAGGAAUGAGGGCAAGUGUAGGCUUUUCAAGUUUUUCUUUGAAAUUCUAAAAGGAAAAAAAUAUCAGCAAAACAGCAUUAAGAGAAAUUAUUCUUUGAAAUGAACUUAGAGGAAAAGAGUUAUGUAAAUAUGUUGAAAACGUUAGAACGUCUUUAUACAAUUGAAUAACUUAUAUUUAAAAGGUAAGGUAAUAAGAAAUUAAAGAUUGCACACGAAGGAAAAUUUGGAAUAAACUAGGUCCAGCUGUGGUAA